AAAAAACAAAGCGCGAAACCCACAAAUAAAAACACUACCUUUGGGCACUGCUCACUCUCCCCCUUCCCUACCCUUCCCUUCACAAGAGAGAGAGAAAGAGAAGAGAGAGAGAGAGAGACAGAUAUGCCUCAAGCUGUCCCAUCUGGCUUCUCUUUCUUCUCCAUUUUCUUUGGCCUAUAAUGAACCCAGACCCAAACCUCUUCUUCUCAGAAGAAGAUGGCCCAACAACAACAUCAACAACAACAAAACCCACAAUCAUCUCUUUUAGAUGAUGCUUUAUACUGCGAAGAAGAGCAUUGGUGUGAAGAAGACGAGGAGGACAGCUAUUACAGCAACAAUAUCAACCACAGACCUCCAUUGUUGCUAGAUCUAGAUUUGUUCUGGGAAGAUGAAGAGUUGGGCUCUUUGUUCUCAAAAGAAGAGCAAAACCACCUCCACUUUAACCUCGAGACAAACCCAUCUCUGGCUAAGGCUCGCCGUGAGGCCAUUGCAUGGAUAUUGGAGGUCAUUGCCCACUAUUCCUUCUCUGCUCUCACUGCUGUUCUUGCAGUCAACUACCUUGAUAGGUUCCUCUUUACCUUCCACUUUCAGAGAGACAAGCCAUGGAUGACCCAACUAGUUGCUGUGGCUUGUCUCUCCCUUGCUGCCAAAGUAGAGGAGACUCAAGUGCCCCUGCUAUUAGACCUCCAAGUGGAGGAGAGUAGGUAUGUGUUUGAGGCCAAAACGAUUCAGAGAAUGGAGAUUUUGGUGCUGUCAACGCUUCAAUGGAAGAUGAACCCUGUGACCCCAAUCUCAUUUCUUGAUUUCAUGACAAGGAGGCUAGGGUUGAAGAGCCACCUCUGUUGUGAAUUCCUCAAGAGAUGCGAGUGUCUCACUCUCUCCCUCAUUUCAGAUUGUAGGUUCAUGUGUUAUCUUCCUUCUGUAAUGGCUACUGCUACAAUGCUGCAUGUUAUCAACGGUAUAGAGCCCUGUAUAGGAGUCGAGUACCAAAAUCAGCUUUUGGGUAUUCUUGGAAUAAACAAGGACAUAGUGGAGGAUUGUCAUAAACUAAUCCAAGAACACACAUCAAGAGGACUUGGUCACCACUUGAACAAACGCAAGUUUAGAUCCAUGCCCGGAAGCCCAAAUGGUGUGAUUGAUGUGUCAUUCAGCUCCGAUAGCUCGAACGAUUCGUGGGCGGUGGAGGCCGUGACAGUGGCAGCAGCAUCGGUGUCUUCGUCGCCGGAGCCUCUGUCCAAGAAGAGUAGGAGGGUUGAGGAGCAUCAUGUGCAGUGUCUCAAACAUGCAGCUCCUCCCUAGACCUUCAAAUGGUCUCUUUGGUUUUUUUUUUUGGUCCCAUGGACUGCUUAGUCUAGUCUUUUAUAUAUGAUGUUGAAUAACAUUAUAUGUUCUUUUUUUCUAUGUCCAUGUUAAAUUGCCUACCAUCUCUGCAUUUGAAUCCAAACCCAAUUGAAAAAGGAUCAUGAAUACACACACACGAGAAUUUCUUGUGUGUGAUGGUGUGGCUGUAUGAAUUUGGAGUUUGGAGGUAGAGAUAGUUGGCAUUUUAUCCGGAGAAAGUAAAGAACAUAAACAUAACAAUGAAGAGUAUUUUCUAUUCCUCUUAUGUAAAAACCUUUCUUUCAUAUAUACUAUAAUGUCAUUAAUUCAAUAAUUAUUUUUAUUAUUAUUAUUAUUAUU